CACAAUUUUAGCACAAUUCCGGUGUCCCAACAAGCCUGCAUAGGAGGGACUUGCGAUGUUCGAGGCAGUGACCACAAGUCAACAUGGCGCAGGAGAAUCACAGCAGGAAAGCACUUCCAGCCACUACCGUUUUGUCUCAGUUUCCAGAAGAGUUUCCUUUUUAGAUUUUAAUUUCCUUCAUUCUCACUGGUAAUUUGGGGUUAUGUUACAAGGUUAGCGUUUAUUUACUUCUC